GCGUGCGGCGGGAUGUGGCCCAGAGUGUUGUUCGGGGGGGCCCGGGUGGCUGCAGGCAGGUGCCCCGUGCUGAGGCCUGGCCUCGCCGCACGCCUCCUGCCUCAGCGGACCCCCGAGCCCUCUCUAGCCCUGCGGCAGAGUCUGCACGCGACGGCGUCCCGCGCUGUCCCGCUCAUUCCCAUCGUGGUGGAGCAGACGGGUCGUGGCGAGCGCGCCUAUGACAUCUACUCGCGGUUGCUGCGGGAACGUAUCGUGUGCGUCAUGGGCCCGAUCGAUGACAGCCUGGCCAGCCUGGUGAUCGCCCAGCUGCUGUUCCUUCAGUCCGAGAGCAACAAGAAGCCCAUCCAUAUGUACAUCAACAGCCCUGGUGGCGUGGUGACCUCGGGACUGGCCAUCUACGACACCAUGCAGUACAUUUUGAACCCCAUCUGCACAUGGUGCGUGGGCCAGGCCGCCAGCAUGGGCUCCCUGCUCCUGGCUGCCGGCUCCCCAGGCAUGCGCCACUCGCUCCCCAACUCCCGCAUCAUGAUCCACCAGCCUUCUGGGGGCGCCCGGGGCCAAGCCACAGACAUCGCCAUCCAGGCCGAAGAGAUCAUGAAGCUAAAGAAACAGCUGUACAGCAUCUACGCCAAACACACCAAGCAGAGCCUGCAGGUGAUUGAAUCGGCCAUGGAGAGAGAUCGCUACAUGAGCCCCAUGGAGGCCCAGGAGUUCGGCAUCUUGGACAAGGUCCUGGUCCACCCGCCCCAGGAUGGAGAGGACGAGCCGGAGCUGGUGCAGAAGGAGCCCACGGUGGCGGCCACUGAGCCAACCCCAGCAAGCUCCUGA